AUGAUAACAUCUUUCUCCGUUCAAUAUCUUGGUGAUUUUUUCACAAGAAUACAUAAAGAGCUUACAAAUAACAGUUACACUUCGGCAGAACCCAUUUUAAAGGAAUUAAACGUUUCUUCAAUUGGAGAAGCGAUUUCUAUUUUUUCUGCCGAACUUGACAAGUAUAAAUCAAAGAAUUUUCAUCCACUUUCAGCACAACUAACACGAAUUCUUGCGAUAUUGAAUAGAUUAGACGGAAACAACGAAAAAUGGUUUCAUUUAAUGCUAAAUUGCUUAUCACCAAACUAUCAGAUAUAUCUUCCUAAAGAAACUAUUGAUAUUACGCUAGACUAUCUUACAAAAUGUACAGAUUUACGUGUUUUUCUUGAUGAUUCUCCUUUUUCUCCAUUUGAGUUCAUUGCUAACUUUGUUUCUGAUACAGUAUUACCAUCAAAGCCAAUACAAAUAAAUAUCACGUUUAGAAGCAAACUUUUGAAACCAGUUCAUUCUGACAAAAUUUAUUUGACUCUUCAGAACGACAAAGGCAAGAACAUUGAAGCUGUUGUAUUCACAGAUAAAGAACUUAAACCAAAUACUCUCUACAGAACAUCUAUAGAAAUUCCUCCACAAAAUCCCGGCAAAAUUUCAUUGAAAACAGCCCAAAUUUGCUUACUUAACUCCGUUGUUACAUUAUUUACAAAGAGCAACUCGAGAGCAUCAGAUAUUUCCGUUCUUUCUUUCAAAGAUGACAUUCAUUUCUCAGCAGAAUCGAAUUCGUUCCCAAUUUGCAGGUUCCCUUACAAGAUCAAGGCUAAAUGUACUGGAUUCCCCUCUGAAACUGAAUCAGUUUCGCUUCACGCUUCGAUUUCUGGAAAUGCAACGUUCGAAAAUGGUCAAAACACAAUGGAUUUCAGCAAAACGAAACCAGAAGAAGAUGUUUUAUUCGAUGUUUCCAUUGUUGCUCCUUCAAAAUGCGACGUUGAAGUAAAAUUAGACUGGAUUACGAAAUAUUCAGAGGAAAUUACAUUUUCUGAGACCAAAUCCAUACAUUUCACGGAGCCAUUUACAGUAUCUAACAAGGUAUUUGGUCCUUCUUUCAUGGCUUUCAAAGAAAAAACAAUUCCUCAAAUUUAUCGAGGAACACAAUACACUUUUCUUACUAUUUUUGAAUAUUCAUUAGUAGAACAUUCUGUUAUACGCAAUAUCGAUGUUACUCCUGCAGAAGGAUUCGUAAUUUCCCAGAUGCCGAUUGAAUUACCAAUAAAUCUCAAUCAAAGCGAAGCAGUUUCAUAUGCAUUGUUUAUAACAUGCAAUGGAAAUGCUAAGAACGGUUCUCCUGGUGUUCUUUCGUUGACUUUCACUGUUGAUUCGAAUUCUGACGAAAAACUUAUAUUUUCUACUGUUCUUCCUGAAGUUCAGUUUGCUCCAAGUGAAGUAGAAUGUUAUUUGUCCAUUCCCGAGUGUAAAAAAGAUGAAGAUUCAGAAUUAACUCUUUCAAUCACUCAUUCUCCUGUUGCUGGCUUGAAUAUAGAGUCAUAUUUGACUGUACAAGACAAUGAUUUCUUCGUUAUUGCAGAAGAAUCAAAGAAACAGUCAAUAAAUUACAAUCAAGAAAAAUCUGAAAUGAAAAUUAAGUUUAAAGCAAAAGAUAUCGGUACAAGAUCGUUCCCAAAGAUAUCUAUAACUUCAAUAGAUGGUAUUGAGCUUUGGCAAUCUUCUCCUUUCAUUGUUUCAAAAUAA